AUGGUCCCUGUAAACAGGAGGGGAACACAGCCUAGGGCUGGUUGCUCCAUUGGUCUGAUCACGAGGAUGGAGUACUUUGAUGCUAGGCGUAAACCACAUAAUAUUGGGAAAGUCGUUGUGGCCCUGCUCUUCGUAGCACUCUGUAUAUUUGUUCUGAAGCAAUCUCCUGGUUUUGGUGGCAAUAGUGUGUUUUCUCGUCAUGAACCUGGGGUUACCCAUGUCUUAGUGACAGGAGGAGCUGGCUAUAUUGGUUCACAUGCCUCAUUACAGCUAUUAAAAGACAACUAUCGAGUUACCAUUGUGGACAAUCUUUCUAGAGGAAAUAAAGGAGCAGUAAAGGUUCUCCAAGAAUUAUUUCCGGAGCCUGGGAGACUUCAAUUCAUCUAUGCAGAUCUUGGGGAUCAAAAAUCUGUCAACAAGAUAUUUUCUGAAAAUGCAUUUGAUGCUGUGAUGCACUUUGCGGCUGUUGCCUAUGUGGGUGAGAGUACAAUGGAACCCCUUAGGUAUUAUCACAAUAUUACAUCAAACACCUUACUGAUUUUGGAGGCUAUGGCUUCUCAUGGAGUCAAGACACUUAUUUACUCUAGUACCUGUGCAACUUAUGGAGAACCAGAGAAGAUGCCUAUAAUAGAAACCACACCUCAGUUGCCAAUUAACCCCUAUGGAAAAGCCAAGAAAAUGGCAGAGGACAUCAUACUAGAUUUCUCAAAGAGAACAGAUAUGGCUGUCAUGAUUUUAAGAUAUUUCAAUGUCAUUGGAUCAGACCCGGAGGGAAGAUUAGGUGAGGCUCCUAGGCCUGAACUACGAGAGCAUGGAAGAAUAUCUGGAGCAUGCUUUGAUGCAGCAUUAGGAGUCAUUUCAGGAUUGAAGGUUAAAGGGAUAGAUUAUCCUACAGCUGAUGGAACCUGCAUACGAGACUACAUUGAUGUCACAGAUCUUGUAGAUGCUCAUGUGAAAGCACUCAACAAGGCAGAGCCUAGUAAAGUUGGCAUUUAUAAUGUUGGCACUGGAAGAGGCCGUUCCGUUAAGGAGUUUGUCGAUGCCUGCAAGCAGGCAACUGGGGUUGACAUCAAAAUUGAGUACCUCAGCAGGAGGCCAGGAGACUAUGCUGAAGUAUUCAGUGACCCCACCAAGAUCAACAGUGAGCUCAACUGGACUGCUCAACACACCGAUCUGAAGGAAAGCCUGUCUGUCGCGUGGAAGUGGCAAAAGUCGCAUCCGCGGGGCUAUGGGGCAAACUAG